AUCAGUGCUGCCUCCUUUACCAGCAAUGACAAAAGAGACCACAGAGCAACAGAGGCUCUGCCCUGAUGAACCAGAGGAUGCUGACAGCUACUCAGAGUCUGUGAAAUUUGAUGCUCGCUCGAUGACAGCAUUGCUUCCUCCCAAUCCUAAAAGUGGCCCUUCACCUCAGGAGAAGCUGAAGUCCCUCAAAACUGCCCUAGUCACCCUCUACCUUCUUGUGUUUGCUGUUCUCAUACCGCUCAUUGGGAUAGUGGCAGCCCAUCUUAUGAAUUGGGAAAUGAAGAACUGCUUAGUUGGUUCAAUUAAUGCAAGUGAUGCAUCUCAAAGUCUGAUUGGAAAAGAAAAUACCAGUAAAGCUGAAAGGAGAUUUACAGUUGCCUUGGAACACAUGAAGGACAUGGAAGAGAGAAUCCAAAGCAUUUCAGACUCAAAAGCCAACCUCAUAGAAGCAGAACGCUUCCAGAAUUUUAGCAUGACAACCGACCAAAGACUUAAUGAUGUUCUUCUGCAGUUAAGUUCCUUGAUUUCAUCAGUCCAGGAACAUCAGAACUUACUAGAUGAAAUCUCCAAAUCUUUGCUGAUUCUGAAUACCACACUACUUGAUGUCCAGCUCAAUACAGCAACACUGAAUCACAAAGUCAGUGAGUCUACAGGGAAGCAGCAGGAGGACAUCAGUAAAUUAGGGGAACGUGUGCUCAACGUGUCAGCAGAAAUCCAGUCUGUGAAAGAAGAACAAGAGCGUGUGGAACAGGAAGUAAAACAGGAAAUGAAAGUACUGAAUAACAUCACUAAUGACCUCAGACUGAAGGAUUGGGAACACUCACAGACAUUGAAAAACAUCACCUUAAUUCAAGGGCCUCCCGGACCCCAAGGUGAAAAGGGAGACAGAGGACUCACUGGAAAAAGUGGUCCACCUGGCAUUCCAGGUUUUAUAGGUCCUCCAGGCCUUAAAGGUGACCGGGGCAACAUAGGCCUCCCUGGAAAUCGAGGAUACCCAGGGGCACCUGGAAAGGCGGGGAGGUCAGGAUAUCCUGGACCUAAAGGCCAAAAAGGAGAAAAGGGGAGUGCAGGCAUAUCAACUACUCUUAAGAGAGUUCGACUGGUUGAUGGUGGUGGACCUCAUGAGGGCAGAGUGGAAGUCUUCCACGAAGGCAGGUGGGGUACAGUCUGUGAUGAUCGUUGGGAUAUCCGCGCUGGACAAGUAGUCUGCAGGAGUCUAGGAUACCAAGGUGUUCAAGCCGUGCACAAGAGAGCUCACUUUGGACAAGGUACUGGUCCAAUAUGGCUGAGUGAAGUGAUGUGUUUUGGGAGAGAAUCAUCUAUUGAAGACUGUAAAAUCAGGCAAUGGGGAGUGUUAGCCUGUUCACAUGCUGAAGAUGCUGGAGUUACAUGUGCUUCAUAAUUCAUCGUAUGUUCACUAGUAUUUAUGAAAUUGCUGUUGUAAAAUUAUGUUAGUUGCCCUGCUCCACUAAAACCACUUCAAUGGAUAGUAAAGGGAUUCACAGUAUUGGUCAAAGAAAAGGAAUAUUGUAAGUGACUGGAAAACGUUUUUAAACAUAUCAAACUAAAUCUGUGUCUACAUAUGUCUAAGUUCUUGCAACGGCUAAU